AUGACUGGCCUCCAAGGGCUAUCAAGGAACCACGCAGGAGAUCAGAGGAGGAGUCAAGGGAUCCCUGCACUGCAACAGCGGGCUUCAGUGGGUCCCAUCCGGCAGCGAGUGAACUGGGGGGCACAGAUGAGGGAUCGAGAGAGGACGGCAGGUGGAGGGUGGAUGAGCGUGACGAAAGGAAACGGAGGGAGGCUGAUAAAAGAGGGAGAUGAAGAGAGACGUAUCCAGGGUCGGGGGGUGACGAGUAAAGCAAAGCAAGGUCAGGACGUUGAACCAGUCUACGGCGGCGGAUGGGGACGGGGACAGGGGGAACAGAAGCCGAGGAGUCUAAACCAGUUGAUGGCGUCUAGUUUGGGGCGUCAAGGCAAGGGAUGGCAGAUCCCUCUAAAUGCGCCGCUGUCUUUUGCUCUGCGGAGGUGGAAUUGGGAGCGGUCACUGGCUGGAAGGCUGAACAACGACUGA